AUGGCGGCUCAUUCACCCGCCAUAGAACGUCAAGCGCCACUGGUCAGGCCACCCGUUUCCCUCGCGAUGGCACUAUCACCAGCGCGCUAUCCAUUGCUGUCUCCGCACUACGCUCCACUGCCGCCACCCCAACCGACGCAGCAACCGCAACCAGAUUCCUCACACGAUCACAACGAGGAAGGAAAUGCGCAUACUGAUAGUGAUGAUGACAGUAUUGACGUGACUAACGAAGAGGAUUCCACUUCAUACUCUCCACCUGCAGCCAUGAAUUACCAACAAAACUGCGCUUCUUACAGACCAUUAGGUGUUGAAAGUGCAGCGGAAUCGGCAGCUCGAUUACUCUUCAUGGCUGUGAAAUGGGCGAAAAACCUUCCUUCCUUUGCCAGUCUUGCUUUCAGAGAUCAGGUGAUUCUCCUAGAAGAAGCUUGGUCGGAGUUGUUCCUACUUAACGCCAUUCAAUGGUGCUUGCCCCUCGACGCUGCGUGCGCCGCGCUCUUUGGAAGCGAUCAACUGGAUCAAGAAAGAAUACGACGGCUUCAUUGCGUCACUAUAAAUGGUUUUGCAGAGAAUGGAGUGGACUCGGCAACGUUGCGACGUCUGAGAGAAGUGCUCGCCAGAUACAGAACUGUUCUCGUCGAUCCAGCUGAGUUCGCUUGCAUGAAAGCCAUUGUACUAUUUAAAUCUGAAACCAGAGGCCUAAAAGACCCAUUGCAAAUAGAAAAUCUCCAAGAUCAAGCUCAAGUGAUGUUAAUGACCCACGCUCGCACAGCUCACGGAACAGCACCAGCGAGGUUCGGCAGACUCCUUCUCUUACUCCCACUCUUACGUCUAGUCACUCCACAGCAGUUAGAAAGAGAAUUCUUCGCGAAGACUAUUGGACAGACUCCUAUGGAAAAAGUUCUAGCUGAUAUGUACAAAAACUGA